CUCUCUCUCUCUCACUCACUCACUCACACACGCACACACACACACACAUACACACACAGAGGCAGAGCUGCGGGCGCGUGUUUAAGCUUCACAGUGAACUGUUUGGACCCGAACCAUGGCUCACGUGUCUCAGCUUUUCCGAGUGUCUCGUGUGUGGCUCCACCCCCUCUGUCGGUUCUCCGCUGCGGUACCGGCCGCGUGUCCGGGUCCGGGUCCCGAUCUGAGCCGGCGGGUGAGCAGCAGACACGGAGGAAGAAUUCGGAGCUGCACCGUAGACCCGAACCUGGAGGAAGAGUUUGUGUUCGUGGACGUGACAGCUCCAGAGGUCGACCCAGGUCAGAAAGAGAAAGACCUGCUGCACCAGCUGAGCCUGGCUUCUUCUGCUCUGCCCCUGGCUCCGCCCCUUGCCUCUGCCCCCCACAAACAGCUGAGGUCUCUGGAGCAACAGCUGCAGGUGUUGAGGGGCGGGGACAUGAAGGAGGUGGAGCCCGAGGCUCUGAUCCAGUUCCAAGACGUGGACUUUCCACUCGACGAAAACCUUGUGGCUUCAAAAACCAAGAAGAUGAAGAAGAAGAGGGCGGAGCCUAAAGGCAUGCACAAAAUCUUCGGGACACCCGACGCGGACGAGCCCGUCAGCGACACCUGCUGCUCGGGCUGCGGUGCUGUUCUGCACUGCACGGCGCUCCACGCCCCCGGGUACAUGCCCAGCGAGAAAUACAAGGCGCUGCUGCGUGAGGGGCGACUGGGCGGAGCCACCUGCCAGCGCUGCCACCUGCUCACCCACCACCAGAAGGCGCUCCACCUGCAGGUGUCCAGAGACGAAUACCGCACUGUGGUGCAGAAGCUCCGCCCCCACCGAGCGCUGGUUCUUCUCGUCGUUGACCUUCUCGACCUCCCGGACUCCAUCGUCCCCGACCUGCCGCAGCUGAUCGGCGCCAAUAAACACGUGGUCGUCCUCGGCAACAAGAUCGACCUUCUGCCCGGAGACUCGCCCGGGUUCCUGCGGCGGAUCAAGGGUCAGCUGGCAGUUUACUGUCAGGAGGCGGGCUUCGGGAGCCAGGUCACCGACAUCCACCUCAUCAGCGCCAAGACGGGCUACGGCGUGGAGGCGCUGGUCUCCGCCCUGCAGCGCUCCUGGAAGUACAAAGGCGACGUUUACCUGGUGGGCGUGGCCAACGCGGGCAAGUCCACACUCUUCAACACGCUGCUCAUGUCCGAUCUGUGCAGGUCCAACGCCGAGGACGCCGUCCACAAGGCCACCAUCUCGCCAUGGCCCGGAACCACUCUGAACUUGCUCAAGUUUCCCAUCGCUAACCCGACGGCGUACAAAAUGUUCCGCCGCCAGCAACGGCUGAGGGAGGAGGCCACGCCCACAGACGACCAGCUGUCACAUGACAAGAGGUGGAGACUGCAAGAGUUCAGGAGGCAGGGCUAUUUUGUGGGUCGUGUGGGUCAAACGUUCCGUGCAGACGUCAGAUCCACCGCCGGUGAGAUCCAGUUUGAUCCGGAUCGUCUGGCGUUUGGCGAGGAUGAAGAUGAUGAUGAUGAUAAGGCGUCGACAGGUGUCAGCCAGGCUUCGACCUUGAACGAUGUGAAGGACGCUCACUGGUUGUACGACACGCCGGGCAUCAUGAAGGAGGACGAUAUCCUGGACCUGCUGACAGAACAGGAAGUGAGGUCAGUGGUUCCUGCUCGCGCCAUCGUCCCGCGCACCUUCGUCAUGAAGCCCGGGAGCUCGCUGUUCGUGGGGGGCGUGGCCAGGAUCGACUUCAUACAGGGCCUGAAGUCGUGCUGGUUCUCUGUCAUGGCGUCCAGUCUCGUCCCCGUUCACGUCACCAGUCUGGACAAAGCCGACAGUCUUUAUGAGAAACACGCGGGACACGACCUGCUGCAGGUUCCUAUGGGAGGGUCAGAGCGCAUGAAGCAGUUUCCAGCGUUGGUUCCUCAGGAUGUGAGGUUGAAGGGGCGUGGCUACCUGGAGGCAGCUGCUGACAUCACACUGUCGUCUGCAGGCUGGGUGUCUGUGACGGCGGUGGACGGAGACGAGGUCUUGCUGCAGGUCCGUGGUCCGGCGGGGACAGGUUUUGGCGUGCGGACGCCGCCGCUGCUUCCUCACAUCGUGACUCUCAAAGGAAAACGCGUGAGGAAGUCGAGCGCCUACAAACCCAUGAAGACGCCGCCGCUGGUGGACGUGGGUCUGUCCACCCAGAGACUGAACAACAAGAAGUGAUGUCAUCAGACAUAAUAAUCCACUGUUACCAUGGUAACAUGUUGCUCCUGUACAGCAGCGUGUGUCAGCAGGGGUCAGAGUUCACUCAUGUAAAAGUUUUUGUUUUGAUAUAAAAAAAUAAAACCGAUAAAAACGUUUAUAUAA